AUGUUGACCGAUCACGAAACCGGCCUGAUCCGGGUCGUACCCUAUUCGUUUCACCUGAUCGUCGAUUUUGCGGUCGGUGUCGUCUUCCUGGCCGCUCCGUUCGUCCUCGGCUUCAAGGGCAUCGACUUCGCCUACUACGUCGUCAACGCCCUCGCCGUUCUGACCGUCGUCUCCCUUCACAAGCCGGAAGCCGCCGAACCGCAGACGCUUGUCGCCGCAACGCUUCUGAGCAUUGCGAACCUGUCCAGCCCGGCCUUUUCGGCCGACGAAUACAACACAUCCAGCGGCCUUACGGCUGCAGGUGCCCCGCUUGGCAUGCAUGGUGUCGAUCCCGUCACCUUCGUCAAUCUCGGCAACCGGAUUGACGGCGCGGCCCGUCACACGGCGGUUCACGACGGUGUGGCCUAUUAUUUCUCCUCCAAGGAGACCAUGGACAAGUUCACCGCAAAGCCGGCUGGGUACUUGCCGCAAAACGGCGGCUUCUGCACGUUCGGCGUUUCGGUUGGCAAGAAGUUCGACGGCGAUCCCCAGUUUGCGGCCAUCGUCGACGGCAAGCUCUAUCUCUUCCUGAACGAGGAGAUCUUUCGUGAAUUCCAGAAGGACGAGGCAGGGACCAUCGCCAAGGACGGCGGCAAACCUGUACUGAUCCGCGCUCGCGGUGCGGUGGAGGCAAUCCGGUGCAAGACCGACUUGUUGGCCGGUGUGUCGCAUGUCGCCGCGUUUCCGGACCUCCACCCAGGCAAAUACGGCCCGGUCGGCAGCGCAAUUCUGGCUGACCGCAUCUAUCCUCAGCUGAUCGGCAACGAUAUCGGCUGUGGCAUGAGCCUGUUUGCGCUCGACCUGCCGGCCCGCAAACUGCGGCUCGACAAGGCCGCACAGAAAAUCCGUGUGCUGGAAGAACCGUGGCAUGGAGACCCCGGCGCUUGUCUUGCAGCUGAUGGCCUGCCGACUGAUCUUCAUCCGGUCGCGCUUGGGACCAUUGGCGGCGGCAACCAUUUCUGUGAAUUGCAGGAGCUCGACAGCUUGUCCGAUGAUUGCCUGCUUGCGGGCACGGAUAUCAGGAAAGGCGACCUGAUGCUGCUGGUGCACUCCGGGUCCAGAUCACUUGGCAUGGCCGUGUUCGGUACGGUUCUGGAGAGUUUUUCCGGGCUGGACCUCGACAGCACCGUCGGACGGACCUACCUGGCAGCGCACAACGACGCGGUUCGCUGGGCGAGCCUCAAUAGAAGGCUGAUUGCCGAAAGAGCCGCGCGUGCGCUCCGCUCGGACCUUCGGCUGGUUGCGGACGCACCCCACAACCUGAUUGAGGAGCACGACGACGGGCUUCUGCACAGGAAGGGCGCGGCAAAAGCCGACAUGCCGCUGGUUCCGCUCGCCGGAUCCCGGGAUGCCCUUAGCUAUCUGCUGGUGCCAAAGGCCAACAGGCCGGAGGCACUCGCCUCGCUUGCCCACGGCUCAGGCCGAAAAUAUGAUCGCCGGUCGAUGGCCGGUCGCGCCGGAACGACCCGUUCCGACCGGGACGGAUUGAUCCGGACAUCGUUUGGUGGACACGUCAUCUGCGAGGAUCGCCAGCUCCUCAUCGAGGAAGCACCGAACGCGUACAAGGAUCCUAACCAGGUGCUGGACGACCUGCGGACGUCCGAUUUGGCACAAUCUGUUGCAACGCUGAAACCGCUGUUGACGUUCAAGAAGGCGGUGAACCGGGAACUUGCAGCCGCGCGGCGGGACAAACACGGUGGCUGCGACGGCGCGGAUCCGUCAUCCGCGCUGGUUACACUGUCCGGAAACCAGAUACCGGAAUUCACGAACACCUGGAUCGGCACCGUCCAAUGGAUCUGUAAAAGCCCCUUCCGCGCACAUCACAGACGGCAGAACUGGUAUGUCGGCGUGUUUUCGAUCGACAAUUCGGACCUGCCGGAGAUCGAUCUGGAGACCAGUGCGCUCAGGAUCGAGACCUUCCGCUCCGGUGGUCCCGGUGGUCAGCACCAGAACACCACCGACAGUGGAGUCCGGGUCACACACCUGCCGACCGGACUGGUUGCCGUCUCCACCGACGAACGCUCACAACACAGAAACCGUAGAGUUGCCCUUGACCGGCUGGUGGCACGGUUCAUCCUCAAGCGAGAGGAGAGCCUUGCGCGGGACCGGUCGGCGCAGAACCAGUUGCACAGGUUGCUGGAGCGCGGCAAUCCCGUCAGGGUCUUCAAGGGUGAAGGUUUUGCCGAAAUGAAAAAUCAGGCAGGAGGCCGCAGAUGA